CAACCCCAGAACUUGUUGACUGGCAGUCGAAAGGCAGUUAACCAAAUCGCAGGCAUCGGACCGUUCAAUUAUGAAUAUUAUCUCAACAGUUUGUUGGUGCAACGUCUGGGACAAGGACACCACCUGGAAUGUCGGCCCCGAUGUCCUGUGCCAGCGCAAUGGCAAUGCGAUCAAGUUCGUCCACAUGCAAACGAAGGCUGUCAGUUUCUUCAAGGCGGAGACGGUGGCCACCGGCCUGAGUAUCAGUUGCUUUUCCGGACACAACCGCUUCCCACUGUUCGCCUUCGCCGAGACCGUCCUGCGACCCAAUAUCUAUGUGUACCGCUAUCCAGAUAUGUCCAGGUUUAGCUCCAUUCCACCUCACAUGGUAAGCUACACCGACAUUCGAUUCUCGGAGCUCGACAUACUGGUAGCCGUGGGCGGGUAUCCCGACUAUUGCGUAUGCGUUUAUAAUUACCGCACGGGAGCCUUGGUCCUGGAACAAGUUACCAAUGUGCCAACCGUGGAACGCGGCAUUAUAGUCGGCCCCUCCAACCUACCCGCCAUCGUGCAGUUAAACAAACAGGAGAUGACCAUCCUGGGCUACGACAUCUGCACCGUAGAGAAGGAGUCCUUCAUGUACAAGGUGUACGAGGUGGAGUUGGGCAAGGCUUUCCUCAAGUCCUGCGACCGCUGCCUCACCUUUUCCGAGGAGAACUGCCUGUACGCCACCAACGACUAUGGCCACCUGCUCUCGGUGGAUGUGGCCGGGUUCGUCCUGAGGCCCCAGUGGCGCCCCCCCGCGUUGGAGGAGGGGUCGGAAAGGGAAAUGAUGCCCCGUGCCCACGGCCUCACCUACCACCGAUCCGGGUUCAUCAUCUGGAACAGCUCGAGCGCCGUCUAUGUGAAGAAAAAGGCGGGCGUCUACAAGCUCGAGUGGGAGCUUGAGGGUCGUUUGAACGAGGUCGUCCGCUUCCUGAGCAACAUCAAUGGCGAGAUCUACGCGGAGCGUCGACCAGGUUACAUUGACCAGGUGAUGAUCGAUCGCAGCGGAACGGCCUCGCUGGAGUGCGUGGUGCCCACGGGUCGACCGGUGAUCACCUUCCGGGUGCUGCAAGGACUCAAGGACGAGUGCGUGUGUGCGCUGUACGACGAUGGAGUGGCCAUGCUGGACCUGGCCAAGGGUCACACCCUCUGCGAGGUUUCGGUCCUGGGGGCGAGUGCCAUGGCCAACCAUCGCAGUCUGGCACUGGUCGCCGUGGGCACCUUGGAUGCCCGCAUCGUUUUGAUCCACUUUGAGCGGGCCAGUUUGCCGCAUGUCCUCUGCGAACUGAAAUUAGAGACAGCUGCUGUGGUCGGACUGGACUUCAACGACAGUUGGCUGGUGUACCAGGAUCAGAUCAAGAUGCUGCACGUCGUCCAGGUGGACACCAGGCCGCACAAGUUGACGCACUACUUCGAGCUGAGCCAGCCGGAACUGGCACAGGUGUUCGUCCACACCUUCCUGCUGGCCGACGGCCCUCGCCUGAUGGUCUUCAUCAAUAGGCAGCACAGCAUGAAACGACCUGGCUUUGCCACCGAGCUGUGGCUCUACAAUUGGGGCAAGGAUAAGCGCCUGCACAGGCGGGAGUAUGUCCUGCCGAAGGAGUACGGCUCCUUCUGCGUGCAACCGCCGGUGGGAAGAUGGGCGGUGAUCGAGAUCGUGGCCACCGAGUACAACAGCUUCAACUUUGACCAGUUCGCGCUGAACGAGAAGGACGAACUGCAGUGGAUUGCGUCCACAAAGUCGGGACACUUUAGCUACAUCCUGGGCGUGGGCAUGACCAAACAUCUGGUCACCUGGAGCCUGGGCGGCAUCCUGGUUCACUUUAAGCAGCACAAGCGGGCCAAGAAGCCAUUCAUGAUCUGCCGCUUUCUUAACAUAGGCUUGCAAACGGAGUUCAUAUUGCGGGUGAAGGAGUGUUUCAACUCCAAAUACCUGCUCAUUUUGCUGGCCAACAAAAGCUUGCGUGUGAUGCGACUGCCCUCCUUGGCGGACUUUGUGCGGGAGAAUGUGGCCUUGCCAUUGCCAACGGAGGAGGGUAUUGCCUGUUACAUAGAGCAGACCCUCCACAAAGUGGACAUGUUUUUGCCGCUCAGUCUGCGGCAGGAGGUCAAGGAGGAGUACACACGGGCGGAUUUACUGAAGCGGGAUAAGCUGUUUGCCAGCAUCAAGGAUUUCGCGGCCAAGGUGACGGCACUGAUCGACUAUGACAUCUCGAAGACGGGCAAAACGCGCGGUAUCUUCAAGAAGUUCUGUUUCCACUACCCUUGGCUGGACGCCCUCACGACUGAGGCCCAUAAGCUGUGCGCCUUGGAGCGGGAAUCUCUGGAGCGGGCCAUUGCGGACCAGGCCCGCAUUCGAGAUUGGAUCCUGCGCCUGGUGACCCGUGAUGCAGUGAGCAUCAAUUAUCGCGUACGAUCGAUUUUCGCGGAUGCCAACUUUGAGAGCUUCUCGGUGCGGCGCAAGAUCGAGAUGGCCGAGUUCGACAAGUAUCGUUUCUACGACCUCGAAGAUCACAUGCGCCUAUCUUUGGGUUCCUUUGAGGAGGAGGAACCAGCAGCUCCAGCCGCUGGCGGUCAUGGUCCACCGCCUGGCAUCGAAGAUGGUGAUAUCGGCGAGGAGGAGGAGGCCACUGAGGUAUUCCAGGGAUUGCGCGAGCUCAAACAGUUCGUGGUGGAGGGUCAUAGUGUUUACGAACACAUAAUGGCGCCCGUUUUCCAGCUUCAGGAUAAAAACCUGGUGACCUCAAACCAGUUGUUCAACUAUAACUGCAAGAUCCGCUACUAUCUGAACGAUCCGCUCAAGCAGGAGUUCAACAAGCUCUUCCACGAGGCCCAGCAACUCAAGCAGGACACCAUCGACAGUGUGAUGAACACGAACGUGGUGCUGAACAAGAUCUACGACAACAUGAACAUCAUGUUGCGUCUGCUCAAUAUGGAGCAGUUUGUGCCGCCUGAACUCACGAUGCCCGCGUUGGAGCAGGACGAGGUGAUCAAGCGGAUCAUGGAGGUGGACGACUCCGAGAUCAAGGCGAUAAACCGCAGGAAGCCCAAGACCAUCGACACGGGUGGCAAGAAGGGAAGACUGCUCCUGUGGAGCACCGAGUUCUGGGCUCGGGCACUCAUCGUCAUGAUGGACGGCGUGCUGGAGAAGCUGUGGGAGGAGGAGAUCAAGAAGGACAUCCCGGAGCCGGAGUUCAUGCAGAAGAAGCAGCCGCACGAGUACAAUCUCGAGGAGCAAAAGAUCUUCCGGGCCUACGAGGAGGCAGUGCACCUAUUGGAGCUGGAUCGUCGCAAGUAUCUGCGCAUCCUGCAUGAGAAUGAGGAGAAGACCCUGGCUCAGAAGGCCGCCCACAUCCUGAAACUCAAUCAGCGCGUGGCCGAGCUUAUGAUCACGAAACUGAAGUAUGACUUUGCAUUAAAACAGGGCCAAUUGCGUCUGCUCACCCUGGAGCAGAUCAAUUUCGGGCGCGUUCAGCUGCGAAAGCGUUUCAGCAUGUUCCGCAAGGACAUUGACAAGCUGACCGAAUAUAUGACGCGCUACGGCUAUCUUCUGGACUUCUACGACAAGGCUUUUCAGGAUGUCAAGACCCGAUUGGAGGCUCAGCAGACACGCGAUCGGGCCGUCGAACGUCAGUUUCGCAGCCAAUUUUUACCAUUGGUACCUCAUGCCACCCACGAAAUGACCAAGCUGUUCAAGAAGCGACCCAAACUGCCGGGCAAGAUCUUCAACUCGGUGCUCAUCUGCAUGGAGGCAUCGAACAAACUGAGUGGCAAGCCCAGCCAUCGCACACCAUUCCCCUUGCCCGACGAUGUCCUUGAGUUCCUCAACUAUCUCUCCGAAUUCGACCAGCCCAAGCAGUGUCCUCCCCAGGUGGACGCCAAAUCCUGGGACACCUUCGUCAAGCUGCGACGCCAGAAGACGGAGAGCGAACUGCGGCUCAAGGGCAUUGGAUAUCAGCUGCUGGACAGCCAGGCGUAUUUGAGCGUCCUCAACAAGGACCUCACGGCGCUCAAGGACUCCAAGGUGAUGACGCAGCGCAAUGCCGAGGAGAGCAUCCAAACAUACUUGGAAAAGAUGAGAAACAUGACGAUCCAGUUGACGCUUACAAAGGGCCAGGUUGAAGUCUCGGUUUUGGGUAAGUUCACCAUGCUUUCCAACACAGUUCUCAUGCAUGUGGACGACAUCAACAAUGUGAAUCAACAGAUACAGGAAGCCGGAAACAAAAAGAUCAAGGCCAUGCAGAGAGUGGCUGUUUUUAGGCGCCAGGUUAUUUUCAAGGAGUGGGAACACAAGCUUUACAAGGCCAAUAUAGCUUACCUCAAAUACAUGCUGGAUGCCAUCGAGAAGUGCAAGGUGUCGAUGGAGUUCCUGAACAUUUUGCGCAACUGGGAAAAGGUUAAGACCGAACGCCAGAAGUACAUAGGCGGGGCCAUCGAACGAGUGAUCGAGCAGAAGAUAGCGGCCUUCAAGAAACACAUCGAUCGCGUGAACAUCAAUAUCGACUCGAUAAAGGCCCAGACUUUGGAGGUGAAGCGCAGCAAUCACGGCAUCGAUUUCAAGAUCGAGCGGAUCAAGGUCGAUGUCACUUUCCAGAACACUCUGCGCGAUACCAUGAUGGAGGACAAGCGGGAUCGCGAGCAGCGCGAGCGCAUGGCCCAGAUCAAGACCCAUCGGCAGCUCAUGGAGAAUGUGCGCCGCCACUACGCCCACGUGCUGGAAUUGCAGACGAUUCUGGAGCUGCUCCGUCUGAGAACCUACCCCACUCUGGGCCCCCCACUGCCGCAAUGUCAUCCGCCAGUGCCGGAGCACAUCCUCAGUUCGGUGCCCUAGGAGGACUUCAACUCGUCCAGCCAGCAAG